UGACAUGCAGCGUAUCACCCUUGAGGAGCUGAAACACAUCCUGUUCCACGCCUUCAGAGACCACCUGACCAUGAAGGACAUCGAGAACAUCAUCAUCAACGAGGAGGAGAGCCUCAACGAGAACUCGGGACACUGUCAGGCAGACUUUGAAGGAAUCCAUUCUAAAAAUAAGAACCGGCAGACGUGCGUGAGGAAGAGUCUGAUCUGCGCUUUCGCCAUGGCCUUCAUCAUCAGUGUCAUGCUCAUCGCAGCCAAUCAAAUGCUGCGGAACGGCCUGGAGUAGCCACGCCCGGCCACGCCCACUCUGAGCGGGAAAAACAAACCUGCAUGUGCAUGAUGACAGUGGGUGAGGUCAUUUCCAGUUUCUUUAGAAGAAAAAAAAAACUUCAAAAAUGCCUCACUGAUGGUGACUUGCAAACAAAGAACACUGACUGAUGAACCACCAUAUUUUUCUGAGUGAAUGACAGUCCGACAUCCAACGACACUGAGAAGCCAGCAUGAGGAGGCCAGCGAGACCCCUCAUAACCCCUUUACUCUGGCAGGGACAUUCAAGGGCUGACUUUCGCUUACUCUGCUGUCUCUGUUCCCUAAUGCAAUAAAAAUACAAGUACAGGAGUUCAGUACUCUUCUUCUCUUCCCUUCCCUACCCAGAGUCUUCAUAUGAAGGUACUUCAGAAGGCAAUUUUAACUUCUUGCCUCAGAAGGCAGAAUUCAUGGUGGAUUGAGACAGGCCCUCAGUGUAUCUGUAUAAGGCAGCAUCCUUGUAGAUUGAGACAUAUCCUCAAUUGUAUCUGUGUGAGAGAGAUUGGAGUUAGGAGUGCCUCCUGCGCUGCAGCCUGAUGAGCCUGAAGAGCUACGGGAUGCA